AAAAAACUCGUCUGCUACCAAGUCGCUGGGUGCUAGGCUUUUCGUAAUGGCGCGUGCGUUUCGUUUCUUCGGCCGCGUUAGUUUGCAAAUAAAUAUCGAAAAAUGCUUCAAACGCGGGCUUCCUGUUUGUAUUUCGAGACAGAGGUACUGUUCCACGAGGGCCAAUACCUUUUCACGCAUGAAUCAACAACCUGACAUGUCAGAGCAGUUUAGGGACAGCCACUUUGAAGCAUCUGACCCGUCGACAUUAGAUGUGAUCUCCCAGAGUAUGUACAUUUACAAUGAUUUUAUUAGCGCUGAAGAGGAGAGCGUCCUAGUCAAUGAAAUUGAGCCACAGGUGAAAAGGCUAAAGUACGAAGGAAGCCAUUGGGACGAUGCAAUCCACGGCUACAGAGAAAUUGAAAGAAAUACUUGGUCCAACCCCAGCGAAGCAAUCAUCAGGAAAGUGAGAGACCUCGCUUUCGGCCCAGGCGUGGCACAAAUAGCCCAUGUACACUGUCUAGACUUGGAAGAAUCUGGGCACAUAAAGCCGCACGUCGAUAGCGUCAGGUUCUGCGGCGACACCAUAGCUGGCUUGUCACUCCUGUCCGAGUGUGUCAUGAAGCUGGUUCAUGAGAAAGAAAAAGAGAAGUGGGUGAAGAUUUUCCUCAGGAGGCGGUCGUUGUAUAUCAUGACGGGAGCAGCAAGAUACGACUUCACACACGAAAUACUUCCAAACAGUCAGUCACUGUUCAAGUCAUUACCAGUUAAGAAAACUCGACGAAUAUCUGUGAUGUGCCGAAAUGAGCCGGUGUGAUCAUCGCUACGUGGAAAUGAACACUCGAGUAUAUUUAUAGACAAUAUAAAAUAAAUUUAAUGUACGACA